AUGACGCUGCCGCCGCCCGCGCGCCCCGCGCACCCCGCCGCACACCGCGCAAUGCGCUAUUACCGCAUCUGGAUUUACGCGUGCAACGGCGCUCUGCUGUUAGGGGCAUUGGCGUUUUGCGCGGCGGCGGGCCGCGCCCUCUCUGACUACCGACGCGCGCUGGUGCCGGGCCUAGGAGCUGCACAGCCUGGGUUUCUUUACGGAUACGCCGCAUUACCUGCCCAAGCAGGACUAUUACAGCUACUUGGUUGUCUUGCUGCGUUACGUCUAUCGGAACGCAUGUUGAACGCCUACUGGCUUGCUUUAUUGGCAUUGCUCGUCGGGGAUGCUGCUAUAGGAGUAUAUUGGGCAUUCCGUUUCGAACGAGUCUGCCGAGAAUUACGUCCCCAAUUACGAAUACGCCUUGCAAAAGAAUACGAUUUGGACACAGACUUUUCUGAGGCAUGGGAUCGUCUUCAAAGUGAGCAGCGUUGUUGCGGUGUAACCGGACCAGCUGAUUUUGCAGCAUUCAAUCGUACCACGUUACCGCCAAGCUGUUGCCGUAUCCCGGCACAUACACCUGCUGUCACACCAACAUUACUCGCUACAACUUCCGCAUCAUCACCUGUACCGUUUACACCAAUUCAUUGUGCGCCACACACGGCCGCUUGUGCAGAACGAUUGCUUGUGUGGUUACGAAGAACAGCGGACGCAUUAUUCGUGUUAGGAUACUGCGUCAUUGCAUUUUUAAAGUUGUGCUUCCUCGGGAUCCUCCGAUACGAAAUAAAGGAGAUGAUUCAAAAAAUUAGAAUAUUGCGCAGUGAACUUGGAGCCGGUGAAUUACUGGACGGUAGUCCGAUCCAUGGUGGGCCUCUAUCACAGACUGUGAUAGUUAAUGCUGUUAACGCGAAUGGUGGCGUACGAACGCACGGUGGUAGUCCAGAACGGGAGGCUCUGUUAGGACGAACAUCAGAUCCAUGUCCACGGCGAAGUAUACACGACGAACCUCUCGGUCCCAAAACUGUGAACGGUAAUAAUAAUUGUGAGAUGCGUGAGUUGGCUCGCGGUGAAUAUCGGCCGCUAGCGGCAGACAGCGCGGCGACUCGGAUCUGACUAAGAUGUUACUUGGAGCGGUUGUUCGGGCGCCGGUGGCGGUCCUUCCCGACUGCCGGGUGCGAUAUGGACUUGCCGCCCAUGCGUACUGUGCCCGUGUGCGUGCGUCGAGCCGGCGCUCGGGUUCGCCUUGAUCAUCGUCGCCACACUCGCUCCGAAUUUGAGCUGUAAGCAUGUCAACAGCAACUUUAUGCCGUUGCUGUUGCUAUUUACAUCGCAGCGCCGGUUCUCAUAGUUGUUGUUAUUUGCGAUUCAUCGGAACAUUUCGGUGUGACUUUUAUAUUACAUUAUAUUUAUAGUGGUAUAGAAACAGUUUCAAAGAUGAAAUUCAGUGUUAGUGUGUCAACGAAGAGUAUUUUAAACUUUGAGAGAUGAACGUAUAAUAGACGAGAAGUGUAGUGUGCAGAAUUUAGACAAGGUGAUCAUCACGAGCCUAGCUUGUGUUUAGUUCCUACUUGCGCUUGGCAGUUAAAAAUUUUGUUAAUAAAUAGGAGAAUUAUAAUUAUUCACAUUGUUUUAUGCUAUACAGGGAAAUUAUGAACAUUUAAAUGUUUUAAAUAUGUAAACUAUAUAUCAUAAAAUUAUAAUGGUUGCACAAAAAAUUGCCGUGACAAAUUACUGUAACCACCGGCAUCGAGCACCUGUGCAGUGUGGCUGUAUGAAUGAUUUGCACUAAGUACCCACUGAAAACAACUUGAGUUGUUAUUCAUGAAAGCAAUCACUAUAUCAGUUUAGCCAUAAGUCUGAACAGCUUUUUAUUAUAUACCAAUAGAAUAUUGAGCCUAAAACGCAUGAUAAUAUUAUAUAUAAUUGAAUACAUAUUUUGUCCAAAUAUUUUAA